CUGUCCAGCCGGAAUAAGGUUGGAGAUGAGGUGAAUGCCAGAAUCAUGGCUGGCAGUAGAUGCUUUUACUCUCUCAGCAAACUUUUCCGAUCAAAAUAUCUUAGAGCAAAAUCCAAGCUGUCUAUCUAUAAGACCAUAAUACGCCCCGUCACCAUCUAUGGGUGUGAAGCAUGGUCACUAACAGCUUUGGAAACCCAAAAGCUCGCCGUGUUUGAGAGGAAAGUUCUGCGCAAAGUGUUUGGGCCAGUGAAAGACGCAGACGGUGACUACCGUAAACGCAUGAAUCACGAGCUGGAGGCACUCAUGAACCGAGAAAAAAUCGUCCAAAUCAUCAAGUCACAGCGUCUGAGAUGGGCUGGGCACGUAGAGAGGAUGGGCAAAAACAGGGCACCCAAGAUUAUGACCGACUGGAAGCCGCAGCAAAGGAGACCUAGAGGAAGGCCGAGAAAGAGAUAG